UGAUCAAGCAUUAUUGGUUAUUAUUUUAGAUUUGUUUCAUUUAUUAAUUAAACCCCAAACAUUAAUAAAAUUAUCAAAUCAUGUCAUCAGAUAUAAAUAAUGAUCCAUAUGUUCAACAUCAUCAGUUAUAUUCCCAACAACAAAACCAACACCAACAUGUAGAUAGUAAUAAUAAUCAUAAUAACAAUAAUCAUGGUCACAGCCACAGUCACCAUAGAACCCAAAUAGGCCAUGCACAACCAUAUUAUUCUACUUAUAAUCAACUAAAUAAUAGUGGCGGCAUGAGUCCUCCAUCUUCACAACAAUAUAAUAGUAACCAAUACAAUAACAAUUCAUAUAAUAAUAACAACUAUAAUAAUAAUAAUAAUAACAAUAACAAUAACAAUAAUAAUGGAUAUUUUAGUAUGGAUAAGAAUAGUAGUAGCGGUAUAACUAUUAAUCAUUUAAUUCAAAAUUUAAAUAGAGAUAAUGAUGCAAAAAAAUUGGCUGGAUGGAUUUCUGUAAUGUUAUUAUUUACAAUUUAUGAAAUAUUUUAUGGUGCUUAUUUAGAGAGUUUAGGUUUAGUUAGUGAUGGUUUUCACGCUUUAUUCGAUUGUAUUGGUUUAUUUAUUGCGCUACUCAGUAUGUUGGUUGGUAAAAAAGGAAGCAACUCAGAUUAUACUUAUGGUUACGAUCGUUGGGAAGUUUUAGGUACUUUUUCAAAUGGUGCUUUCCUUAUUUUUGUUUCUUUCUUUUUAUUUUUAGAAUCUGUUGAAAGAUUAUUAGAACCACCACAUAUUCAUAAUCAUGGUAGAGUUAUUUCUUUAGCAACUAUCAGUUUAUUAAUUAAUAUUAUUGGUUUCAUUUUUUUCAAACAAAAGAAAAACGAAAGAAAAUCAUCAAUUCGUAAUGAAAAUUUAUUAACCAUUUCACAACACAUUCUUAUUGAUAGCUGUACAAGUUUAGGUGUUAUUCUUUCAUCAAUUGUUGGUCAGAUUUCUGGUUUAGAAAUUUCAGAUUCAUUAGUUUCAAUUAUUAUUGCUUGUAUUAUCGUUUAUAAUGCCGUACCAAUCUGUGUAAAAACAUCAGGUAUUUUAUUACAAAAAACACCAGAAUCAUUAAUUUUAAAUAUUGGAAAUGCCUUAAAAGAUGUAGCCGUUAUGAAUGGUGUUUUAGAAAUCAAAGAAAAACAUUUUUGGUCACAUUCAAUUGGUAAUAAUGUUGGUACCCUCCAAAUUUCAAUUAAAAAGAGCUGUGAUGAAUCAUUUUUACUCCAAUCAAUAAGAAACAGAUUAUCUUUUGUUCAAGAUUUAACUAUUCAAUUAGAUAAAGAUAAUGGUGAUAAACAUCAUCAUCAUCACGAUGAUGAACAAAAACCCAAUAAACAUGAACAUAAUCAUCACCAUGACCACGAUCACCACGAUCAUGACCACGAUCACCAUGACCACCAUGACCAUAACCAACAAAAUAAUGAAUCAAUUCCACUCUACCAAGUCCAACAAACCCCAUCUACUAUUACAUCACCAAUAAUAAAUGAACAAUUUAACUCAUCAACAAAUUAUGAUGGAUACAAUGAAAAAACCCCAGUACCUUUAUAUGGACAAAGUGAACCAGAAAAUAUGAGUGAUGAAGAUGAUAAUGAUCCAUAUCACCAUCAUUCACAUCAAAAAAAUCAACAUCAUGGUCAUUCACAUGGUAAUGACGAUCAUCAUGGACACGCUCAUAAUAACUAAAUAAAAAUAAAAUUUAAUAAUUAAUAUUUAUUUAUAUUACUUUUCCAACAAUAA